UAGCUACAUCCGAAAGAACAAAGAAAAAACAAGUCGCCUCAUGUUAAGUUGGAGGGUGGUUUCCCAGUCCGUCCAUCCCCUACGUAGUUGUCUCCGUGCACUAUGUGGCCACAUUUCCACCCUUCCAACAUGAGUUUCGGAAGUUGUGCGCUCCUCCCUGGUUUGAGUCUGCGGCAAAAGAGACAUUCAACCAUGAUCAUACCAUAAGUUCUAAUGGGGAAGUCUCGCUUUCACUGGCUGUGCUUCCCUUUUCUAAGACUGACCAGCAGCUUUCGGAGGCGCUCUCUUUCAAAAAGGCGUUUGAUAAUUGCGAGCGUAUGUGUUGUUUAUUUGUUUUUUGUGGUUUCACAAGUUGGAUACUCGCAGCAGCAUCGGGACAGAAGGACCGAUAAAGACAAGUAUCGACACAACCGUGGAUUGUAUAAUUUGGAUAUUAUUGAUGCGCUGCCAGACUAUGGGGGUUUGCAGACCGGUGCGAGUUUUGUUGUCCCGACACGGUCCAACGUGGUGUACAUAACGCUAAAGACUAAGCGCCUGAAACCAGCAAAUAUUCGGGGUACAAUCAGACCAAAACUGAGGCGAAAAGCGACAAGGAAUACGUCGGCUAAUUCAGCUUUUACGCAGAGCAAACUUGGCCCUUUUGGCCAAAUUAAGCGCAACUUUGCACCAAAGUCUUCCUGGGGAGAAACCAGGGAUCUUGAUUAUAAAUCUUUGGGUUUAAUCCAUAAAUCUGAUAAAGAUGCACAGACAGACUCUCCCAUUAGUUCUAUCCGAAUUUACAGCCAGAGGGCACCGCCAUGGUUCAGCCCAAACGACGUCAAAGCCAUGCGCUUUCUUGCGGAUGCCAAAGUUUUGCGCAUCAAAGAAGUUUCUCAUGGAGACACUCCAUCACUUCUGAUAUUUGAGGGCGAUACACACGUUUCAUUGACCAACCAAAAACACACAAAACCAAACAUUGUAUGUGAAGGGCAGUGUGGAGUAAUCAACAGCCCCGUGGACACCACUGAAGUCUUCGCUUUCCAUCUGGACAGGGUGCUGGGGCUUAAUAGGACACUACCAGCUGUAAGCAGAAAGUUCAGUUUUUUACGCGAUGGCCAGCCCUGUCCAGUGGUAUCAUGGGAUGCAUCUCUCUACCCAGUAGGCCUUGCUUCAGGCUGGUCCACCGUGAGGUUAACAUGGGGGGAGUACCAGAGCUCCCUGAAACAGAGGUGUUGGCAUAAAAACAUCACCCCAAAGUCUGACUCUGGCUGCUCCACAAUUCAUCACUAUGAGUGGAGUAAAGUAGCUAUGUUUGACUUCUUGCUACAGAUUCACAACCGUCUGGAUCAGAGCUGCUGUGGAUUUAGGCCCAGGCAGGAGGAUCUGUGUGUGGAACUCGGCCACCAUGCUGAAUGUGGGGACCAGAACCACAUACAACUGACAAACAUCAUCCACAGGGGUCACGACCCCAGACACCUGGUCUUCACCAACAACAAGGGGUUCUUUGACCGCAAUGAGGACAACCUGGACUUCCGGCUCCUGGAAGGAAUCAAAGAGCUUCCAGAGCAGGCAGUGUCAGUGCUGAAGAGCAGGAGGCUGAGGGAAAAGCUCCUCCAGUCUCUGUUCCUUGACCAGAUAUACUGGGAGAGCCAGGGCGGCCGGCAGGGCAUUGACAAGCUGAUCGAUGUAAUUGAGAGGCGAGCCAAGGUCCUCCUCACCUACAUCAAUGCUCAUGGGAUCAAAGUCAUCGCAAUGAAUGUGUGACGAGAGUCAUACCAGUCAAGUGGCCAAAUUACUGAGACAGAUAAAGUAAAUUAAUGGCUUGAUCCCUGUGACUUCACUAUAUCCUUUCAGAAUGUCCUUUUACAAGACACUGGAGUUUCAUUCACUUACAUUUUCUUGGGUCUUAAUAAAAACAUCAGCUAGUGUCUAAAGUUGUUACAUGUAAUGUGAUUUGUGGCAAUUCUUUAAAAUCAACUUAUAUCACAAGAGUGUGAGAGUAUAUGCUGUCAAGUAAAACUGGCCCUAAUCCCUCAGGACCAUAUAAUUACACAGUGAAAUAUUGAAAACAAGAUUAAUGAGUAAUUAUAUUUUUUCUUUAUAUAGUUGUAAAAAUAACACUUAUAACAUCAUAUUGCUAAUGAAGGACUUAUUAUGAAUUGCUCACUAUCCUUUCAAAAUAGCAAGCCAUCGAACACUUAUAAACCUAAACAUAAGAUACUGACAGAGGCCUUAAUUUAACUAAUUUUGACAUUUAAAAUGAGCCUAACUUUUACAUGAGGAAACUAGUUUUACUUCCGUCUUUUAUGAGUAUUAAUUUCAUUCUUCCCCAGAGGCCAAUAUACUGCCAUCAUUGUGUACACAAUAUAGCCUACUCCAGUUGUAACUUUUGCUCCCCCUGAGGCCUUCCAGCAAGUGUAAUUUGUAAUUUAUUCUCUGCUCCUCAAGUGUGUGGCAGGAACUGAGAUGUUGAUAAAGCCUCAACCCAGAUCCACUUAGCUUGAUUGGGGUCACACAUUAUACACUGAAAAAAUGAAUUCAAUUUUAAUGAGUUAUUUAAUCUUGUGUAGUAGUCUUAAAUUGUUGUUUUUACAAAAUUCCCAAGAAGUCAAAGAAUUUUCAGUUUUUAAGAUCCAAUACAACAUCAGUUAUCAUGAACACUGUAUAUUAUGUUUGGAAAGAAGUAGGCAUAGUGACUCUACAUUAUAAACAAAAGAACUUUAAGAUAAGAAGUCAGAUGGUGUUAUUCUCCUUUAUAUGCACUCUCAUUUUCAAUAUAACUACAAAAACACCUUUAGCUCUAACCAAUUUCACUGUAUUUAUUUAUUUUUGUACUUUCUUUUCUAAUUGUUGAAUUUAUUCUGUACAAGCAUUUAUUUGUCAAAUAUUAGAGCUUUGAUCAAUAAAAUCAUUUUUAACGGAAUUAAG